AUGGCAUACUGGGUAUGGCACAACGCCGAUGCAUGGAUGAGGGACUGUAGCAGGCCGUUUCCUUCACUCAAGUUCCACAUCGGAUACCCUCUCUUUUGGUUCCGUGGACGGCUAGUCCCUGUAAAGCAGACAAGCCAUAUGUCUCUUCCAUCUGCUCCACCAACCCCAACGACAACUGAGCCCUCCAUAAACGAGUCAAAUUUCCAUCUCGCAAUAUUAAUUGGUGCGGGUCUGGGUGUGGCGGCAGUGGUGAUGGGAAUCCGGGCGCGGCGUAUGUUGGGAUCACGCUCAGCCCGGGUGGGACAAGUUGCUGUCUAUUAUCGUGCACGAACACCGAGUCCGACGGAGUGCUCCCGCUCGCCGUCAAUACCGCCUGGACGCUUUCGUGCAGUGUCUCUUCAGGUCGUGCAAUAUCCUCCACCAAAACCGAGGGAUCCCGAGGAAGUCCAAGACAAGUACAUGAGACUCAAGCGAGAGAUUUUUGAGCUCGAAGAAAAAUACAAAGAGAUCCUCAUGGAGCUCAAGACUUCAGACGAACAAAAUGAAAAAUGGAGAUCAGAGCAAGCUUUGCUGCUUGAUCAAAUUGCGGAACUCGAGUGCAAUCCCCAGGUCAAUCCCGGAGCACCCAUCCCUGCACCUCUAUUUUCUGCCCAUAAACACCUCGUCAACAACCUCCGACAAGCCAUCGACGAGGUUGAGCACGAAGAUCCCGACAUCGACCCCCUCGUCCUCUCGCGCUCCGAAUCGCCUGUUUCACCGCUUGAUCCUUCCGAGGAUGACUUUCUGCCACUUAGCCCUGCGCGCGUCUCCAUCACUGCUGCGGAUGCCAUCAUCCCCGCGGGGUUCCUCGUCUACUCGCCCAGGACAAUUGCCUAA